AUGACCGUCGAUUUUGAGCACCUCCCAAAAACCCACGAUAACUUUGCUGAUCUCAGCCAGCCAGGAUGCUUCAAAGCUGGUGCGCAGGAAGGAUGCAGGCGUUCGCUCAACAAUGGAACUGUCAUUGAAACAUUCAUUAAUAGACUUCCACCAGAGCUUCUGUUAGAAAUCUUCGAAAUCUACAUCCUUCAUUCAGGAAAGCCUGUAGCUCGGGCUGGUUAUUCUCUUCAGAUUUACGGCUCCAAAAUGUCACGUCGUCUACGCGUGGGCUGUCGUGCUUUAGGACUAGCAGGUAUCUGCUCUCGUUGGCGAUCAAUUGUCCUGGCAAAAUCCUCAAUCUGGUCGUCAUUCCAUCUUGAUGUUGAACUAUUCCGGGAUCGCCCCCAGCUUGUAUCUCUGCUAAAUACUUACAUCUCCUACUCCCAGUCGGCACUUCUCUCCAUUUCCUUGCACAUGGAUAGCUCCAACAAUAUGCUCACCUCAGUCAACGCCGAGACACAACAGAUACUAAAUGUGCUGUUUGAAUGUGCCCACUGUUGGAAAAGUGCAAAGCUCACUAUCCUGGACGAGAAGUAUAUCCUUUACCUUAACAAUUGGUACAACUGCCGCUCUUGGGAUAUCUCUGCGAAUUCCAAGCCUGUUGUCGCAUUCUCAUCUCUUGAAAACCUUGAAAUUGAAUACAGCAGUAUAGGAUAUAGCUAUCUGGUUGUCUUCCAACUGUGCCCGCAAUUGAAGACAUACCGUGUCAACCUUGCAUCGUCAACGUCCGAAAUUACCUUACCCGAUGUGUCACAUGUAGAAGAAUUUCAUCUCGGGUCCGAAGGUGUUGUUGGAGGGCCGUCUAUUGGACACCUUCUUUGUCAAAUGCCCAUGUUGAAGAUCUGCGCAAUUGAAGGUUUUUACUUGACUAGAAACGACAUAGGUGUCGAUACCGAACAGGUCACUCCGAACAGGUCUUUCCUCACUUCAUUGAAAGUUUGGUCUUAUACGUUUCAUCUACAUGCCUGGAAAGACCUUCAUCUUCCCAAUUUGACCAGCUUGGAGGUCUAUCAUAUACCGUUUACUGAAACAAGAUGA